AACACCAAACUGAUGCGACAUCAAAUUUUAUAACAAUAACGUGCGUUGAAAGCAUGGAUACUGCGUAAUACUGUGCAACUUGCUUUGGAUUUUAGAACUUCGAUUCUUUCUUGUAAAUUAUUGUGUUGAUGAACGAGCGAUCGUGUGUGACCGGCCAGUGAUGGUUUCAUUAAGAAUCUUCAACCGUUGUGAAGGGAAGUUGAUAGUGGACCAUGUCUGUUGACAUCAAGAAUCGUCCCAAACAAGAAUUAAAAGCUAAUGGAGCCGAGAAGGCUCUACAGUCCAGUACUGAGCCAGAAACAUCUUUGAAAAACGACAACGGUGAUUAUCUAGCGAGAAACAAAGGACCAAGGCGUCCUUCACAACCACAAGAUGAAGUACUUACACUCGAGUUUAAGAAGUGUUCUCCUAAUUUUGGGAUUGUUUUAGAUUACAAAGACUCCAUCAACCCGUCGUUACGCUCUAAAGCAAUGUUAGGAAAUGCUAAGAUCUCCAAAAUUCUACCAAAUAGCCCUGCUUUUAUGGAUAAGAGACUGAAAGUUAAUGACAGAAUACUGGAAAUAAAUGGAAGAGAUCUAGCGAAAGCAAGCCUUGAAAGAUCUAGGCUAUAUUUGAGCAGUGCUCUUCGCAGUGGUAAACUUGUGCUGAAAAUCCUGCGUAACUCUACUGUUAGUUCCUCUGUUGCCAUGGCAAAUGGUGGUGCACAGCUAUAUUCAGGAAAUAUAAAUCAAAGGAACAUUACAAAGAAGAUACAUAUACUAAAGAAUAGUCGAGGGCUUGGAAUACAGAUAGCACAGCAUACUGAUCCCAGCACUGGUAGUGUGGGGAUAUUUGUGUCUCAUAUUGAUGCUGGUGGUGCAGCAGCAAGAGAUGGUCGGCUAAAAGUUGGAGAUGAGCUUUUAUGGAUAAAUAAACACAGUCUUAUAGGAGCCUCACAACAGCAAGCUAUUGACUAUCUAAGAGCAUCGCCUUCUCUCAUCCAAAUGGUGAUAUCCACAAAGGAUGAUGGAACUUCCAUUCCAAGGCCAAGAAAACCAUUACAAGAUGACACUUCGCCAUCCCCAUCAUCAACAGCAACAGCAACAAUAACACCGACAUCAUCCCAGAGGCUUUCAAAAGUUAGAAAACCAAGUUCUUCAGAUUCUUCUUACGUUUCCUCUAGUAAAUUAGCAAAUCAACGUCGAAAGAUUAGCCAAGAAUACUCGUCUAGACCCCUGACAUCUGACAAGAUAGAAAAAACUAAAGGUGUCAAAGCAAAUGACUUGACAGCACCCAAGGUACAAUUACGACAAAAACAGACGAAUGCCAAGGCAAAGACAUCGGAAAAUAUAAUCAAUGAUACAGAAAAAGAAGCUACCAAGCAAGCACAAACUCCUUUCGCUAAAUCCAAGCCGUCUGAGUCUAACUUGAAUGAUAAUAGGACAAAUGAUAGAACAACAGAUUUUGUUGCUCAAAAACUGACGACUGAGAAUUUAAAGCAGAGAAACGAACGCAAAACGAAAGAAAUGUCAACUGAUUCAGGAAAGGAAGUAGAAGAGAGGAAGGAGAAGAAAUAUACAAGUAAAGCAAAUACAGUUUCUGCAAGCGAGCCUGUUUCGGAGAAGAAUGAGGAUGGCAGGAUAGUGACUGAGAAUUCUUCUUGCCGAGCUGGUUCAACGAGUGCUUCUUCCGCGUCGGAGCAACCGAUACAUAGGAAAACUAAUAAAGAUAUUCCUAAAACGACAAGAAAAGGAAGUGAAUACAGUUUACCAAGAUGGUCUUCGUUUGGCAGCUCAACCAGUACUGAAAGCAAGAAGUCAAAAGAGGAGGAUUAUUCUCCUAGUGAUGCGCGCGGUGACAAGAACGAAUAUGACAAUCAAAAUUACAUUUUCCAAGAUAAUAAAAAUAGCAGGUCCUCCGCCAAUAAUCCAUCUCGUCCAAGGCUCAUCAAGGCUCAUUCAAUAGACUCUCUUCCAAAGAAUGUUAGUGAUGAUAAUAGCUCAACUCGAUCUAGAACAAGAUCUCGCUCCUCAAGUAUUUCUUCAGAGAGUUCACAAGGUUCAAGGAUUGGAGCCAAGGUAAAGAAGCUUAUCAAGUCACUAUCAUCUGAAUUUCUCUAUGCGCGUGGUGAGGCCAGUCAAGACAGUGAACCAACAGCAAUGGAAAACAAGUCACUCGCCAGAAAACAAUCAGGAACUACUUCAGUUUUGAAUGACGAAAAUAAAAGACGAAAUGUUAUACCCGUGUUAGACGGAGCAAAGAGAGUGAAAAAGCGGAUGAUUAGAGCGUUUAGUAAAGAUAACCUGAACACAGAAACACUUGAAUCUACCCCACGCCCCAAAUCACCAACCAUACCAGCAAGUACCCCGGUAACAGGGCUCUAUCUUGGGUCCACCGCCGAGUCUAUAUCAACUGAAGGACACCCAACACCAGUAAUGUCAGUAGGAACCAAUAACCGAGAAUCACCUCAAGUUACCAGGAAAUCGCCUAACCUUCGUACUAAAACAGAUGGACAUGUUGUCCAGGAUGGUGACGUCAUCACUGUGGUACUAGUCAAGGGCAUGGCCGGGAAGGGACUGGGGUUUACUAUUGUUGGUGGUAAAGGAUCCCCUAGAGGAGAUCUCCCGAUAUAUGUGAAAAACAUCUUACCAGGUGGUGCAGCAGUAGCUGAUGGACGACUUAAGAGAGGGUAUGAAAUAUUGUCGGUGAAUGGGAUGGACCUCGAAGGAUGUACACAUUCCCAUGCACUGGAAAUCUUUAAGAAUGUACGCCGUGGAAUCGUCACUUUAAAAGUCCGUAUUAACGAAAACGGUGGUCCAAGUCUGUCAACGUUUGUUUCUCCUGAAGGCUCCCCUGCCUUAACACGCCGUCACGAGACAGUACGGUAUCCCUCAGGCGGUGGUGGCGCCGAUACCUCCAGCUCUAGUGGACAGGAAUCACCCAACAUGUUUCGAAAACUGAGAUCCAAACGAAGCAAGAAGUCAAAGAUCACAGAAAUAGUGCUUAUCAAAGAGCCUAAUAUCAGUAUAGGCUUGGGCCUGGGUUCUACGCCUCCUUCAACUCAAUCGAACAAGCAAGGAUUAUUUGUACAAUAUCUUGUUGAGGAAUCAACCGCUGCAAAAGACGGCAGGCUCAAAAAAGGUGACCAGCUUCUACAAGUCAACGACCACGACUUAUCCGCGGCGACCAUCGAAGAGGCUUAUCAACUACUCAACACCCUUCCCCACGGGAAAGUGACACUUAAAAUCCAAAAGAACGAACCACAAGGAACAGAGAAACUGCCUACUAACGUUAAUCAUGCUCUAGAUAAAUUGAUCGAUGAAAGAACCAUACUUGAUAAGAAAUUAGCCAAGAAACCCGUGGGGGGAGGGGUCAAUAUUGGUACACUGGAUAACAGUAGGUUGUCACAAUCGUUUGACGAAGAUACAUAUUUCUGCUCAUCAAACGAACCUCUUCUGCCGUUCAGAUCAGACAGUGAGAAAAGGAAAGAUAAGGGAUGUACAAGUGCAGUUCAUCCAGAGGGUUAUGUCGCAUCUCUGUCAGGAAAAAACAACAAGCAAGUUGAGAUGAUAAUCUUAAAGAAAUUAAAAUCAGGAGAGCUAGGGAUGGGGGUGACUAUUGAUAAGUCACGUGGUAGCACCGUUGUCGAAGGCGUGUUCAUUAAAAGCGUCGCAAAAGGAAAAUCCGCUGACUUGGCGCAAAGUACUAGUGGCGGGCUCAGACCAGGUGAUGAGGUUCUUGAGGUCAACGGCACGUACCUGAAUGGAAUGGACCAAGAGGAUGUUAUCAAGAUUUUCAGAGACUUACCGGUGACGACUGUUUUAAAGGUCAAGAGAGCCAAAACAAGGGACGAACUCGCUGCUGCAGAAACAGAACACCCGCAACUAUCCAAUACACCGGACAACAAGGAAGAACAAGAAGGGGAUACUUUUGAAGGUGAACUAGAGAUCCCUGAGGGCUUUAAGAAGGUUACUAUAGUGAUAGACAAACCGAGUACAGCUUCUCUUGGCUUGUCACUCGUACCAAGCCAAGGCCAUGACGAGAUGAAAGGUUAUUUCGAGGUUCGUCGUGUUCUGCCUGGUAGCGUGUGUGAAUCGGAUGGUCAGCUGUUGCCUGGCGACAGGCUGGUAUCACUCAAUACAGAGAAUCUUGCGAAUGUCUCUCAUUCAACUGCUUUACAAGUCUUGAAGAAGCCCACCAAACAAGCGACUAUUGUUGUGUUGAGGGAAGUCACUACAGAACAGAAAGAUACGAAAACUGACUCUAACGUGUCCAUAGUCCAGGUACAUACCCCACGACUGGAACCUCCUCCGAAACCACCGCGUGAGGGAAAACAACAUCAAAAAGUAAAGGACGCCAACGAACGAUUAAUAGAACGCAAGAGUUCUAGUUCUGACCAAGCACAUUCUGAUGAAGAGGAAAAAAUGUCACCUUCAUCGGAGCUACCUCCAAUCGACGCAUCAGAACAGACCAGGUACGAGUCCGUUCCUGUUUCAGAUGACGAAGAACCAGAAAAUGAAGCUCUUCUUGUACCACAGUCGAGUCUACCUUUAUCUACACAAGCAACAUCUAAAAAACACAUUGUAAAAGAAUCUCGGAAUAAAAGAAAGGAAGAAGCAAGACCCCUUAUAUCUGACUUACGAACAGGACAAGACAACACAAAUAACGAUGAUAAUGUGGACUUUACUGAGACUCUUCCUGACAUCAACAACUUACAGUUCAAACCAACUUCAGUUUCUAGGGAUACGACAAGCAAAGGUGAAAGACCCGUAGUUGCCAUGGAAAUGACAGAACUAAAGACAGCAGCAAAUACUCAAUUACCGCGUCCACUUAUUGGAAGGAGGCAUGAGUCCAGACCAUUUGUUAUCGAGUUUGAGAAAAAGUUUCGUAGCCUGGGGAUGAGUGUGAGUCUUGAUGGCGAGGCACGGUUGGUGGUAUCAGAAGUGUCGUCAUUUGGUCUCGUGGGAAAAGACGGCAAUAUAAGGGUUGGUGACAUUAUUGUUUCCAUCGAUAACAUCCCGCUAAAAGGAAAGACACCAGAAGACGUUAACACCAUGAUUAAGACUUGUCUUAAAGGAAAAGUACUGAUUGAAGCAAGAACUCCACGAAACAGAGAGAUACGCACCAGACCUUUAUCAGAAGAUAGAGUCCCGUUGCUAAUGGCAACAAGUGCUCGAGCAUCGCUGGCAUACUCGUCUGCAGAAUCACUUCAUGAUAACCCUGCACCAAAACCUGAUGAUGUUUUAUUUAAAACUAUUCCUAUACUUGAAAAGUUGGAUGUGACAGACGAAGACGAGGAGAAUAAGUUAAAUGAUGAUGACGUGCCAAACAUUCCACCUGUGCCUCUUCCCUCAGAUGGCACUGGUGACACUCUUAGCAACCAUCAAGCUCUUAUUUCGACAAAUCUUGGGUAUUUAGACAAAGAAAGAGAAUCAUCCAAACAGUUUACUCCAAGAUUUCAACGACAGGGAAGACUUGAAGAACAGCAAGCAUCUUAUCCACUGGCAAAGGAAGAAGUAUCUGUUAUUACUAAGGGAAGUCUAGAAGACGUAGAGUCAACACCUACGAUCAUUGACAGCCCACCUUCUUUCCCUCCACCACCAAUACCUGAACUAAGCAACGAGCAAGACAUCGCUUCUGUUGUGAUGGAAUCAGUCCUAGAAACCUGCUUACCUUCAGAUUAUUCAGACUCACAUGAUGAACUCAGUUUCAUUCCACCUCCUGUCGGAGACUUUGACAUCGAAUCCGAUGCGCUUGCCUUGUCUCCUCCCCUAUUGUUUGUUGACGAGGACCAAACCAUACUGUCUGGUAUAGAACAAACCGUUGGUCCUGAUACCAACUUACCAGGAACCCUAGAGGAUCAUCCCAUCUCGCCUCCAAGUGUUUUUAAUGAUGACACGGAGAGUCUCCCACCAGUCCCCCCUCCACCUCCACCACGUCAUGAUUACAUCAUUGAAGACCAUCCAAUCCGACCUCCCAGUCUAUUUUCGGACGACUUCGAAAAGGUACCAAAAGGAUUUGAAACAUCAGCAGAUUUUUUCCUUGACUCCGAAGGUGAUAGAACUAUCUUAAAACCACCAAGCUUGUUUGAUUUUGAGGAUGACAGCCUUCCACCGCCACCAACACCACUAAGAUCACCUUCAAAAGUGAAGUCUCCAUUAAAAAGUUUUUCUCCAAAGCUAAAGCAUCGAAAAUUGUACGAGAAAAAUAAAAGUGAAUCAGUACAAGAUGAUACUUCAACUUUGCCAUCUACUCUUCCUCCUAAAGCACUGAAACUUCUUGGUCUGUUCGAACCUCCGAGCAAAUCCUCUGACAAACCAGCCUUUACUGCAUUGUUUGCAGAUGACAUGGAAAGUCUCCCAUCUGCUCCUUCACCUCCUCGUAAAAUCGGCUUAGAAGUCGAGGAUGAAAUCACUAAGCGAUUAAACCUGCCAGACGUACCUGAUGAUGACAUGGUUAGUCUACCACCAGCACCACCACCACCCAUUGGUUCACCUCGUUGUAGUCCUUCUCCAUUAAUCCCUUCACCGUCCCUAUUAUCAAGCCACCAGAAAGACGCUUAUAUUAACAACCAAACCAAACCUGAAUCACAAAAGGAAUUUAAUAUUGAAAAAGUAGAUCAACAUGUUUCUCACAGGAACCAUGUUUCUUUCAUCGAGGAUGAAACAUUGCCACCACCACCGCCACCACCACUUCUUCCUCCUCCAGACUGUGCCCUGGAAGAUGACGCUUCUAGCGAUUUUGCAUCAUCUAUCGAGCCAACUUUACCGCCAGUCGAUCGUAUGUGGGAAAAUGACCUUCGCAAUUUCCGUAGAAUGUCACUUGUCGGAGGAAUGGCACCAGAAAGCAUCCCAGACACGUCCUCUUCAUCUUCCACCAAGGAUCAAGAACUCGAUUUCUUGCAUGACAUGAUGUCAUUGGAGGAAUCACUGAGUUCAAAAAAUCAUCACCAUAUGGAUAGAUCUUCACCCUUUCCUUCAGUGCAGGAAGAAACUCAUUCUCCGCAAAAUGAAGAGUCGAAUUUGAAUGAGAAGAAAACUGUUGGCAGCUUAGAGCAUUGGAAAGACGAUGGUUCUCAUAGUUAUGUUCGAAGAAGCCCGAGGUCUUCGUCAUUGACAUGUGAAUGCCCUGAUGAUCCUCUUUUAACCGGGGUUCGAUGCAACACAAUAGGAACCACUAAACCUGUUAUGAAACCAAAACAUCCACCACCACCUCUUCCUGUCAUUGACCAUCACAAGGCAAAUAGAGCGCCACCACCUCCUGGGAAAAUGACCACUCAUGCCAGGAAAGACAAUGAGGUUGCUUCUUUGGGAUCUCAACAAGGUGCUUCUGAACUAUAUGCCCGGGUAAUACCAAAGAAAGACAGAAGAAUAGCUUCUCCUGAAAAGUGUACCACGAACAGGAACAAAGAAACUACUCUUUUGGAGUCCCAAGCAAAGGAUGUAGACAUAUAUGCCCAAGUUAUUCCAAAAAAAGACAAAAAGACGCCAGUUUCUCCCAACAAACGACCAGGUUUUCUCAAGAAAAAAGAUGGCAAGAAGAACGCGAAGGACGAUGGGAAGUCUAGAAUUAAGUCUCCUAAUUUACCAGCCGCUUCGCAAGACUCCAAAUUUGGUUCAUGGAGGAGUAAGCUGUUUGGUUCAAAGGGAAGUUCCGCCGAACAAGUCAAGAACAAACAAAAUGAAAAGAAAGAAAAGCAACCAAGAUUUAGGUCUCCCUUUAGAAAUGACUCCAGUCCAACAAAGCCACCAUUACCACCACCCUAUAGUGGUACAAUGGAACGAAGCGAUACAGUCGCGCAUCCUUUUCCUACGUCUUACCAUGAUGAUCAAGAAAACACAUAUGCUGUGGUCCAUAAACCAAGGUCUCCCUCAAAGUCCUCUCCACACAAACGAUCCAGGCGGAUUUCUUCUCCUCCUCCUCAUUCACUGGAUCACGUGGGUGAUGAUGAUAGUUUAUGGGAUUAUUCAGACGAAGGGAGCUGGGACUCGUUUGAUGAAAGUAUUCCUGAAGAUACGAAUGAAGGUGGUCAGGACCUAGACGAUCUGGUGGCCACUGAACAAAGACCAAAUGACACACUUGACAUUGAAAAUAAUCGGGAAGAUCUUCCACUAAUGUUUGUGUUGCCACAAAAACCACAAGGAGACCCUUCAGAUUUUGAUGUCGACCAUGAGGAACCAAAAACCAGAAACUCCAAGCCUCCUCCUCCAAAGAAACCUACUCACUUACUUAACAUGAAAACCAACAACAAACCACCUGUCCCGAGAAAACCGGAUUUCUUGAAAUUAAGAAAUUUACCCGAAAGAAAGAUUGAUGCUACUGUUGCUGCUGAGAGUCAAGAAGGUUAUACGGGUGUUGGGAUAGAUCAGGGUUCUACUUUAGUUCAACCUGCUGUGCAUGUCAGCGGGGUUACAAAUGAUUACACAGAUGAUUUUAGUACAGAUGACGACAAACCUUUUGUUCCAAGACCUCUACCACCAAUCCCAAAUUAUGAAGUUGAUGCAAAUCUCCUGGAAAAUAGCGUGAUUGAAAACGAAGUCAUUCCUGUAGAUAUUACCACAAAUGAAACAAUGCCUGAUUAUUCCGCAUUCUUCAAUGAGCCAGAGCAAGACAAAAGACCUGUAGUUGACAGAGCAGAUACAUCAUCAAACUCUUUGAACACCCUUCAUGUAUCGUCAAGUGAAAGAAGACUUUCCUCUUCCUCUGGCAUCACAAAAAGCCUAAGCUUCUCGUACCAAUCUCGUGACCAAUCGCCAAUAGAAUCAAAAGAAAAGCCUGCAGUGUACACACCUCCAGCACUCAGACGAAGACGGUCAUCUUCACUUCCACACCUUACCAUGCCUGGUUCACGUACUGCAGGGAGUUUACCAAGCCUGCAGGAUCUGAUUAAUGCAAGGAAUGCAGGACCUGAUGUAGAUGAGGGAGUCAUAUCAGUCCAGUUGUUGAAGGAAGAGAAGGCAAUUGGUCUGAUGAUUAUCGGAGGUCUAGACACACCCUUAGGAAUGCUCUACAUCAAGCACAUCCAACCAGGAUCGCCUGCUGAAAAAUGCCAACGUUUGCGAGUUGGAGAUCAACUUCUUCAAGUUAAUGAUGAGUGUUUAGUGGGUGUCACACAUGCACAUGCUCUUGAGGUACUUAAACAAACACCACCACUGGUCAAGUUGACUGUGGCAAGAACAAAAGAACGUGAAGAUCUUGAUGUUGAUGAACUGGGUAGGAGACGUCGACUGGGGGACCAAAAACCAGCCUUUGCAUCAGCAGUAGAAUCAAGUACGAUACCCAAAGCUGUAGAAGAUGUGGCAGUUAGUUCUGGUUCAGAUGGAGUUAUAUCACGACCACAUUCUGUAGCCCUUUCUUCAUUUGGGUCCCCACUAAGUGAUGACCAACCUUACUUGUUCUUGUCAGAUUCCUCAGAUGAUUAUCAUGAUUAUGAACCCAGUAGUCCAACUCUGAAUCUCUGUCAAAACGAUGUUCCUGUCACCAUCAUUGAUGGCAUACCUGAUGAAGCAAGACUAGAAGAGACGGAAAAAACAAGACUAAAUAAAAGCGUUAGUUGGGCCAUUAGUGAUGAAGACUGUGACAUCAUUACCGUAGAGCUGUUAAAGAAAAAUAAGAACAGCUUAGGAUUGACAAUGAGUUGUGGACAAGGUGCUAGCUCUGCAGAUAUAACAGUUCGGCACAUCAGUCCUUCAAGUAUAGCUGCAAAAGAUGGUCGCAUCAAAAAAGGAGACAAAGUUCUAACCAUCAAUGGGAAAAGUGUCAAAGGAAUGUCAAAUGCAGAAGUGAAUAAUUUUUUGAGGGAURUUCCAAAAAGAGUUGUCAUCGUUGCUUCACGCCCUCGUGGACCCAGGCGGAGAAGCCUUUCACUGUCAUCACUUAAUCUCUUAAAAGAGAAGUUAGUUGAUAAGAGUCCUAUGGAUGAUUCAGAUGCAUGGCCAACCAAGGAAGAUAAUAACAGAAAGAGAAACAUGAUAAACACAUCGACUAAUGAUUUAUCUCUCUCACUUGAAAAAGUUCCUCUCGACUUAGAAAUUGAAAACAACAACUCCUCCUCUUAUGAUCGGCUCAAGAAGAGGCUUCUUUCUGGAGGAAACAGUAAGACCCUCAAAGAGAUAUUAAGUAAGACAACUACUGAGCCUUUCAUAAAACAGGUCAUCUUGGAGAAAAAUGCCUCAGGAUUAGGGUUUAGCUUGGGUGGAGGGCGUGACUCUCUUUAUGGAGACACACACAUCUAUGUCAAGUAUGUUUUUAAAGACAGUGCUGCAGGAAGGGGUGGCCAACUUAAGUCUGGUGAUGAAAUUGUAGAUGUGAAUGGACAGAGUAUGCAUAAUAUGUCUAAUGUAGAGGCCAUAGAAACUAUUCGUGCAUUGCCUUAUGGCACUGUGAUUAUGACAAUCAGACGUAACUAAAAACUACAUUAAUCCAUUGAAGCAAGCCCUGUUUACAUCAAGGUAGGGUAACCCUAGUGCUAUGGACAAGUCUCUGUUUUCUUUCCCAAGUGAAGACUGAAAACAAGAGUGUGGUCCCUAGCAAUAGCGCUGCCAUCUUGUUCAUGUGCUUGAUAAUUAUUUGAAUAAGGAGUCCAGGUUUGCAAUAGGAAUCAUCUGUUGAAACUGUCCAUCCAUAGCAGGCAUCAUGUAUUCAGUUUGACAAGAAUAUUAUUUUAUGCAAGUAAUACAGCCCAUAAUGGACAUGCAGGGUAAAAUUGACUUCUAUUGUAAUAUUAUUUAUUUUCGUACAAUUAUCUAUUUACCAGUACUUAUUUAUAUUCUAACAUCAUAAUAUGCUUUGGCUGGUUUAGAGUAACAGACCUGUUGGACACACCUGCUAUUUAUUUACGUUUUUUCCUCAUUAGCAUAAACAAAUUCAAGCUACAAGCAAACCGACUCCAGAAAUCGAGAGAAUGUCUUGCCACACCAUUCAAUCAAAUUUUCAGUAGUUACUAAAUAAGACAUUCUCUUUUGAUUUCUGGAGUAGGUUUGCUUGUAGUUUGAAUUUUUAUGCUAAUGAGGAAAAAAUGCAAAUAAAGAUUGGCCUAUAGUAAUAUGAAGAUGAGAAUGCUCUUUUUUAAAGUUAUACAUACCAGUAACUGUACAUAGUUAUUUAAGUCAUUCCACUUAAUAAAAUAACAAAGGAAACACA